AUGCUGCUCUUAGAGGAAGACAAGCAGCCGCGGGCCAGAGAAGUAAGAAUACCCAAGCAACGGACUACGAUGACAAGCAAGAGAGCAGCCAGGAGGCAGCGCAAAGCCCGGAAGGCCCGCGAAGAGGCCCGUGAAGAAGCCCUCGUCUUCAUCAAGAGCGAGUCCGUCGACGGUUCCCAAGACACACCGCGCAACUUCGCCUACGGUGCUUCAACCGGAUCGUCCUCGUACCAGCACUCGAGCUCUCCCGCGCGUCAGCCAUGGGCUGCGCCGAAGCGGAACAGCAUCAUCGACCUAAUCAGACUAUGCACCUACCCCGGUCAAACAAUCCACCCAAACUCCGUCAACCGACUCUUCAUCCUCCAGCGAGACAUCGACGCCGCUAUGGACGGCCAGGGUCGUCACGUAUGGAUUCUACGAAGGCUCCCACGCGACAUCACCUUGACGGUGGAACGAAAGGAAGCCAUCUGGCUGGCACAAGGGAAGAUCAAUCGGGUCGUGGAUGAACGAGGACGCUCACGCAGACGACUGAAGCUCGAUCGAUACGUUCCAGCCGAUCGCUGGGUUUCAAUCGAUCGCUACAUUCCCGGCAUGCCGUACCCUCUUCCUCUGCGCUCGCACGCCAUGCCGCGCAUGAGGGUAUUUUCGAGAUCAUAUGCGUAG